AUGGCUGCGGAGCUCACCUCCAUAAAGCUCAAUCCGGAGAGUCACCUGCUCCUGGACCAACCACUCCUCCGCCUCCCGCAUGAACUUACUCGCCGCAACUUCAAAUCCGUCCAACGCAUUGUCGAACGGGAACGAGACUUCGUCCUCCCCUACCUAAAAGAGACUGCAAACGCGUCCCUCUCUGGCACGCAAGAUGCCACCCAAACUCUUGCCGCCCUCGACACCAUGAUCAACCGCAUGCAAGGCCUAAAGCGAAAAAUGGAAACCUUGCAGGACGAGGAGAAAAAGAUCCUGACCCAGUCGCGGAAACGCAUCCAGCAUUUGGAAGACCUGUAUAAGAUUCCGAGCUUGGCGGAUGUCAAGUAUGAGGAGUGGUCGCGAAUACGGCUGAAUAGGUUAUUGGUGGACCAUAUGCUGCGGUCUGGGUAUUCGGAGAGUGCGAGACAGUUGGCUGCUGAGAAGGGGAUUGAGGACCUCGUGGAUUUGAGCGUGUUUGUGCAGUGUCAGCGAAUUGCGGAGAGUUUGGGGAGGGGAGAAACUAAGGAGGCGUUGACGUGGUGUGGGGAGAAUAAAGUGGGAUUAAAAAAGGUUCAGAGCAAUCUUGAGUUCGAGCUACGGUUACAACAGUAUAUUGAGAUGGUGAGGGCGGGAGAUAAAACAGAGGCAAGGCAACAUGCCAGAAGGUUUCUAUCACCCCAUAGCGAGACUCAGGCGACGGAUAUUCGACGGGCGGCAGGUCUCUUGGUGUUCUCUCCUGAUACAGAAGCGGCACCCUACAAGGAUAUGUACUCCUCAUCCCGCUGGCAAUAUCUCUCCAACCUCUUUAUUCGAACCCACCAUGACCUCUUAGCUCUCUCCUCACGCCCCCUUCUCCAAAUAGCGUUGUCAGCCGGCCUAUCUGCGCUUAAGACACCAUCCUGCCAUUCAGCCUACGCAUCCUCCAGUUCCAAUCCAAACUCAAUAACCACAUCUGUGUGUCCGAUAUGUUCGACUGAAUUGAACGAGCUAGCACGACACAUGCCGUAUGCACAUCAUACUAAGAGUUAUGUUGAGAACGACCCCAUCGUCUUGCCAAAUGGACGUAUCUACGGCCGCCAAAGGUUACUAGAUAUGUGUAAGAAGUCAGGUUUCGUGGCGCCGGGGAAGGUCAAAGAUCCGACGACGGGCGAAGAGUUUGACGAGAGAGAGAUGAAGAAGGUUUAUAUUUCAUAG